UACAUUUCGUUAAACACCCUUCUCUAGUUUGCCCGUCUUCCUCCUUGGUAUUUGCAUGAACAAAGUUAAAGAUGGCGGGGUUGAACGUUAAAUCAGUACAUUUUCAUGUUGUGAACAAAAAUGGCUCAAAUCACUCUUUGGAGGGUUCAAUGUCCUAUCAUGGAUUCAUCAAAAUGUUAUCCGAACAAAAUUAUUGGGGUUCUAGAACCAAGAAGUUUAGAGUUUUCUGCAAGGCAGAGAUGAUGGAAGUUCAGGUCAGAAAGUGUUCACCAAUUUUGGAAAGCAUGUUUUUGUCGUGGAAUGAAUUGUUGCAAUCAUCUGAAUGGAAAGCAGUUCCUGAUAUCUGGAAUACGGCAGCGGAGAAGUUCGGAAAUCAAGUAGCAUUAGUGGACCAGUACCACAAUCCUCCAACAAAUAUGAGCUAUAAGCAGCUUGAGAUGGAAAUAGUGAACUUUGCUGAAGGGCUUAGAGUUGUUGGCUUAAAACCGGAUGAAAAGAUUGCCAUAUUUGCUGAAAAUUCAUGUAGAUGGCUAGUUGCAGAUCAAGGUAUAAUGACCACUGGAGCUAUAAAUGUUGUGAGGGGUUCAAGGUCUUCAGUGGAAGAGCUUGUGAAAAUAUACACUCAUUCAGAAAGUGUUGCACUUGUUGUUGACAAUCUUGAAAUGUACACUCGAAUCGCAAAAACAUUGCACUCUCGUGCAGAUGUAAGAUUUGUUAUCUUACUUUGGGGAGAAAAUUCAAGUAUCACAAGUGAAGUAAUAGAUGGAUUCCCCACAUAUAGUUACACAGAGAUCUUGGAUUUCGGGAAUGAUAGUCGUACAACAUUUCUUCAAUCACAAGAAGCGAGGCAUCAAUAUCUAUAUGAACCAAUCAGCUCUAGUGAUGUAGCUACACUUGUUUAUACUAGUGGAACUACCGGCAAUCCAAAAGGUGUUAUGCUUACGCAUUCAAAUUUUCUUCAUCAGAUUUUGAAUCUGCGAGAUUUUUUACCUUUUGCACCUGAGGAUAUAUUCUUGACAAUGCUUCCUCCUUGGCAUGCGUACGAACGUUCUGCUGAAUAUUUUGCCCUCUCUUUCGGAUGCAAGUUAGUAUAUACCACAGUAAAAAACAUGAAGGAUGAUUUAAAACAUUUUAAGCCGCAAUACCUCUUAUCAGUUCCUUUGGUAUAUGAGUCACUAUACAGCGGAAUUUUGAAGCAAAUUAAUAGAAGUGGCCCUACUGAGAAGCUCAUUGCCUUGUUUUUUUUAAACAUCAGUUUGACAUACAAGGAGGCUAAGAGGAUAUAUGAGGGGAGAUGCUUAACAAAAGACCAGAAACAACCUUCUUAUCUUAUUUCAGCUUUAGAGUGGUUACGGACUAGAGCAAUUGCUGCACUAUUGUCUCCACUGCAUCUGGUGGCGAGGAAAAUAAUUUAUAGUAAAUUUCACACAAAUAUUGGCAUAUCUGAGGCCGGGUUAAGCGGAGGUGGUAGCCUUUCUUCUCAUGUUGACAAGUUCUUCGAGGCAAUUGACCUAACGAUACAAAAUGGAUAUGGUUUAACAGAAACGUCUCCUGUUGUUGCUUCUAGGCAUCCAAACUGCACGAUCCUUGGCUCAGUUGGAGUUCCUGCCCGAUACACAGAAAUAAAAGUUGUAGAUGUUGAAACAGAUAAGGUCCUCCCCCAUGGUUCAAAAGGCAUUGUCAAAGUCAAGGGACCGCAAGUUAUGAAGGGCUACUACAAGAAUCCAAUGGCAACAAAGCAAGCCAUUGAUGAGAAUGGAUGGCUAAAUACUGGCGAUCUUGGAUGGAUUGUUCCUCAUCAUUCGAUAGGCCCGUCCCGCAAUGCUUCAGGUGUUAUUGUUCUUGAAGGUCGUGCCAAGGACACUAUAGUACUUUCAUCAGGUGAAAACGUUGAACCAUCUCAGAUUGAAGAAGCUGCAAUGAGUAGCAAUUUAAUUCAACAUAUUGUUGUCAUUGGUCAAGAUAAACGACGUCUUGGGGCCAUUGUUGUACCACAUAAGGAGGAGGUACUUUCUGCUGCAAAAAGAUCAUUUGUUGUUGAUUCUGAUGCCACCGAAGUUAGCAAGGAGAAAACAACCAAACUAAUACGUGAAGAACUAAAAAAAUGGACCACGAGUUGCACUUUCAAAAUCGGGCCACUUCUCAUUGUUGAUGAGCCUUUUACGAUUGAUAAUGGUUUAUUGACUCCAACAAUGAAAGUCAAGAGAGAUAAAGUAGCAGAUCUAUACAAAGAGCAAAUAGACAAAUUAUAUAAGUGAAUUUUUAAAACUCAAAUGAAUAUGUUUGUAACACUAAAUUAAAGCUUUAAUGACAACUUAAUGGCAUCUUAGAAAUAUUAACUAUUGUGGGUGUCCAUGCUAUGUAAUAAGUGCAUUUGUUUAACGCAUGUUAGCCAUUUGAUCCAAC